CUUAUCUGAGUAUGGUUCCCCUGUCAUAUCGAGCUCUAAGUCAAAUCACACAUCUCUAUGGCCUCAUUAAAUCUGAAUUCAACCUUAUUUGUAUAAAUACACUGCAUCUCCCUGCUAAGGUAUUCAAUAUUUAUUUUUCUAUUUAUCAUCAUUCCCUUGUUACUACUACAACUUACUCGCUGGUCGAUUUAUAAAGUGCAUUAUAGUAGUUAAAAUGUCAGAAAAAAUUCAGAACAUGAAAGAUCAAACUGAUUCCCUUUCAAUCGGUGAUCACAUUGAACAACAACAAAACAUCUUAAACGAUCCAAAUGUCGAUAUCAAUGACUUAAUAUUCCAAACCAAAAGUUGGUGGAAAUACGGUCAUUUCUUAAAGUUACAUUUUUAUAUUGCGUUGAUUGCUUUGGCUUCCACCAAUAACGGUUACGAUGGUUCCAUGUUGAAUGGUGUACAAGCUCUUGACUCUUGGCAAAGCACCAUGGGUAAACCAACUGGAUACAAAUUGGGUACGCUUGCUAACGGUACUAUGUUUGGUUCUAUUCUUGCAGUCAGUGUUGCUUCCAUUAUUUGUGAUAGUUGGGGUAGAAAGUACGGUGUUCUUUUUGGUUCUAUUAUUUCAUUUGUAGGUGGUAUCUUACAAGGUGCAUCUACUAACUAUGCAUUCUUCUUAGUUUCUAGAAUGAUUAUUGGUUUUGGUGUCGGUAUUGCUUUGACUGGUGCUCCAGCUUGGAUCGCUGAACUUUCAUUCCCAAGUUACAGAUCCUCAUGUACUGCUGUCUUCAACACCUUGUGGUACUUGGGUGCCAUUCUUGCUGCUUGGAUUACUUUCGGUACCAGAAAUAUGUCAGGGGACAAUUCUUGGAGAAUUCCUUCUUAUUUACAAGCUGUCUUGCCAGGUAUUCAAGUUUUGACUUUAUGGUUCUGUCCUGAAUCUCCAAGAUGGUUGAUUGACCAUAACAAAGAAGAAAAGGCAAGAGCAAUUCUUAAGACUUUCCACACUGGUGAUGUUGAAGAUGAAAGAGCAGAUGCUUUAGUUGAAUUUGAAAUUAAAGAAAUCAAGUCUGCUUUGGAAUUAGAAAAAUUAUAUGCUAGCUCUUCUUAUUUCGAUUUCAUCAAGAUCAAGACUUACAGAAAGAGAUUAUUCUUGGUUUGUUUUACUGCUUUCUUUAUGCAAAUGUCUGGUAAUGGUUUAAUUUCUUACUAUCUUGUUUUAGUUUUGGACAGUAUUGGUUACACUGGAAGUACUGAACAAUUGAAGAUCAACGGUUAUUUACAAGUUUUCAAUAUUGUAAUCUCUGUUGGUGCAGCUCUUCUUACUUACAGAUUCAAGAGAAGACAUCAAUUCUUGGUUUGUCUUUCCGGUAUGCUUUUAUGUUACAUUAUUUGGACUAUCCUUUCAGCUAUUAAUCAACAACGUAAUUUCGAAGACAAGGGUUUGGGUAGAGGUGUUCUUGCCAUGAUCUUCUUGUUCUAUUUUUCUUAUGAUAUUGGUGCUAAUGGUUUACCAUUCUUAUAUGCCACUGAAGUCUUACCAUACUCACACAGAGCUAAGGGUCUUAACCUUAUGUACUUCACCCAAUUAUGUACUCUUGUCUAUAACGGUUACGUCAACCCAAUUGCCAUGGCUGCUCUUGAAUGGAAAUAUUAUAUUGUCUGGUGUUGUGUCUUGGCUUUUGAAUUGGUUGUUGUCUACUUUACGUACGUUGAAACUUUCGGUUACACUUUGGAAGAAGUUGCUGUUGUCUUCGGUGAUGAUGCUGGUACCACAUUGGGAAAUCUUUCUUCUUCUGAUGAAAAGCCUGCUUUCGAACACUUGGAGGACGGUAACUCGUCUACUGGAAAGAUUGGUGAAAGAGCUUAAGAUAGCUAAGCUUAUUCUAGUACCAUAAAAUUAUGAAUCUAUUCUUUAAUAUGCUGACAACUUUGUCUUUAAUUGUUUUUCUUACCUUGAAGGUCUAUAUAGUCUAAAGUUUUAGUCAAUAAAUUGUACCUAAUAAUAAAAUAAUUUUGUAGACAUAAUAAUAACUUCUUUACGAUUUAAAUCGAGAAACGUAAGAUGCAGUGUAAUUAUUCGCUAAAAGCUACAGUAAAAAUAUAAUUAGUGUAUCUAUGCUUAUGACAUGUUCAACACGAAUACAAUAUUUUAUCUGUUGGUCUAAGUCUUGAAGAGUAGCUGCUUCUAUCAGAUUUGAAAGGGUUAAAAUUGAAUUCUAUACCGCAAGAAUACUGAUUAUUAAGUUUUCUUCGGUUUUUAAAAUCCGCAAAUAUUGUUAUUAAAAUCAGUUAAAUUUGAAUUAUU